CUUUUCCGCGUCGGCUAACUUCCUCAUCGGGAGUCUGCUCGUCAACUUCUUCAGUUCAGCGACGGUCCAGUCUGAAGCUGCUCUCUACUCUUCCCAACAGCUUCUCUUUCAGCUUCGCAGAUGUCCAAACCUCCUCCUAAGCCGGCCAAACCAGGCCAAGUCAAGGUGUUCAGAGCAUUGUUCACCUUCGACCCCAGAACGCCAGACGAGUUGUACUUUGAAGAAGGAGACAUUUUGUACAUCUCUGACACAAGUGACAGUAAUUGGUGGAAGGGGACAUGUAGAGGAAGGACGGGACUGAUUCCAAGUAACUAUGUGGCUGAGCAGGCUGAGUCUAUUGACAAUCCAAUGCACGAAGCAGCCAAGCGAGGCAAUCUUAGCUGGCUGAGAGAAUGUGUGGACAACAAGGUUGGGAUCAACGGGCUGGAUAAGGCAGGAAACACUGCCCUCUACUGGGGAUGCCACGGAGGACAUAAAGAUGUGGUGGAGUUGUUGCUAGGCCAGGCUAAUGUGGAGCUCAACCAGCAGAAUAAACUUGGGGACACUGUGCUGCACGCUGCUGCCUGGAAGGGUUAUUCUGACAUUGUGGAAAUGCUGCUUAACAAGGGUGCAAGGACAGACAUCAGGAACAACGAGAACAAACUCGCUCUGGAAAUGGCAACCAACGCACAGUGUGCUUCUCUUCUAAAAAGGAAACAGGGAACCAAUAUCACGCGCACGCACAGCAAUGCUGAAGAGUAUUUGGACGAUGAGGACUCGGACUGAGCUGGUACUACUGGAGCAUUCAUUGGUUUAAUGGGGGUUCAUGAAACUUUAUUGGAUACCUAAAAUGGAUUUGUUGCAUCUGCAAGUCCAUUUUUAUUUCAUUUAUAUUGUUAAUACUUCAGUCUGUGUCCUUCAGCCUCAAAUCAGUGUGAAUUUCAAAGCACUGAAUUAAUCGUAUUUACAGUUCGCCUGCUUUGCCAAGUGCGUUCCCAGAUGUAGGGAAUUGCUCUUGGGACUCUGGGAGCACAAACACAACAUGAACUGAGGGCCAGAAUAUGUAUAGAUGACGGGAAAAGGGACCAAAUCUUUUGAGACCACACUCCAAACAUGCGGCUUAUGUUCAGCCUAUUAAAAUGGGAAUUAAAGUGCCAGUUCAGAUUAGAUGUUUGAUCUUGAAAAUUUCAAGCUCCUUAUUUACUGACCUAAAAACGUGACCAAAAAUUAUUGGAUAGGUCUCUUGCAGCUUGGACCUUUUUAUCACAACUUUGUACAGUGUGGGAACAUUACAUUAACUGCAAUGUUUCCCCUUUAAAUGGGAUCCAAAAGUGAAAUGUUUUCCUUUGUUACAUCAUUAACACUUAAAGGUGUCAUUCAUGUGGAUUAAUGGGAUAAAUUGUAAACAGUCUUGUAUAGCAGUUAUCCCGUUAAACAAGCCUGUAUUUUGGUCUGUUGUAACAUUUCCACUUGCAUGUGAGAUCUGCUUUCAUAUCACUGUAACUAAAGACUGGACUUUUAAAUUUCUAUAUAAAUCAACAUUUUGGGA